CUCUCUCUGUCACCUUAAAUUUCUCUCCACUCCCCCCGAUAUAAAUUAAUUCUCUCUUACAACUUUCUCUCUCUACAUUUCCGAUGAAGCCAACAACCAAGUUUAUCCUCCUCCACCCUUCCAUCCAAAAGCAAGCCGGUAACGGUGGCGGUGUCGGUGGUGCUGGUGGAGCUCCUCAUCCUCACCACCGUCUCUGGCUUUUCACUCUUCUCUCCCUUCUAUCCUUCGCCUUAACAUUUUCCCUCUUCACUACACUUCCUUACUCCAGAACCACCGCUUCCUCCGCCACUGCCGCCGCUUCCUCACCCCCCUUACCCAAACCCGUAUUCGACGCCCUCCUCCACUAUGCCGGAACCACAUCAAACUCCACAAACCCAUCGCGUAUGUCUUCGGCUGAACUCAACUCCAUAGCUUCCGUCCUCCGCCGCUGUUCCACCCCCUGCAACCUACUUGUUUUUGGUCUCACCCACGAAACCCUUCUCUGGCACGCCCUUAACAUCUACGGCCGGACGACAUUUGUCGACGAGAGCGCUUACUUCAUUUCAAAACUCGAAGAGAAAAACCCAGGGAUCGAAGCUUACGACGUUCAAUUCACAACCAAAGUGAGCGAUCUACACGAAUUGAUCGAGUAUUCGAAAUCGGAACGCCGGAAUGAGUGUAAGCCUGUACAGAACCUCCUCUUCUCCGAAUGUAAAUUAGCCAUUAAUGACUUACCAAAUCACGUAUACGACGUCGCUUGGGACGCCAUUCUGAUCGACGGCCCACGUGGGUAUUUCCCAAAAGCACCUGGAAGACUGUCGGCUAUAUUCACCGCCGGCGUACUCGCCCGGAGCAAAACCUCCGGCGCCGACAAAACCCAUGUGUUUGUUCAUGAGUUUGAUAGAGAAAUGGAGAGAGUGAGUAGCAAUGAGUUUCUCUGCAGCGAGAAUCUGGUGGAGACGGUGGGUUUAUUGGGGCAUUUCGUGGUGGACAAGAGGAAUCGUCGUGUAAAUAAUUUUCAAUUCUGCCGGAAACCGCCAUUAUCGGCGGCGGCAGCGGAGUAAGUACAGUAAUCAUCACAUCCAGAUGGCGGCAUUGGGUAAAAGUAAAACCCAAAGUAGUUUUAUGUAAAUACAAAAGUAUUUCAUGUUCGAUACAAGCUCUUAAUGUUUUUAAGCUUUUACUUUUGAUCUAAUUGCAAGUUUCAUGAUCAUCGAUUUAAAACUCAUAUCGAUUGAUCAUCGACUCGAUUCAAGUCUUAAAGAAGCAUUUCUUGUGAAAUUCAAUCGUGGUUUCUUGAAUUAAUGUAUUUUCAUGACGAAAAUGUCAAGAAUUUAAUAUUUGAUAUGCAACAUUCUUAAUGAAUUUACAAUUUGUGACAA